ACUACUUACAAAUAAACGGGCUGCUUUAAAAUAGCUGGCGAAAAGCGUCCAAACCUCUUACAGAUGUAACUGAGCCGCAGGCAGCAUAUCGGAAGUGAUUUUUAAAAGACAGAAUUUAGUCUCCCAGUCUUCACCCACCGUUUCCAUCACUGCAGUCAAGGAAGAGACUCCCUAUAGGCGACCCAAGCUCAGCGCACCGCCUUGGAUUGUUUUUCUCAGAGAUUGGACACAACUGCUGAUGAAAAACAAUGGGAUGCUUUGGAUUCCUCAAGUUUAUGAUGUUUGUUUUCAAUGGCAUUAUCUUUUUGGCGGGCGCGGCCAUCCUGGGAGUCGGCAUCUGGGUAAAGGUGGACAGCGGCUCCAUCCUGGGCUUCCUCGGCAUGAUUGAAGACGCCCCCGCCGAGCUCAGUCGGGUGCUCAACGUGGGCUACCUGCUGAUUGCUGCGGGAGCGCUGCUCGUCAUCGUCGGCUUUCUAGGCUGCUGCGGGGCCGUCAGAGAGAGCGAGUGCAUGCUGCUGCUGUUCUUCAUCAUAAUCCUGCUGGUCUUCCUAGCAGAGGUCGCAGGAGCUGUGGUGAUCCUGGUAUUUCGACCUUUGGCUGAAGACGUAUUUCGAAAGUUUGGCACAGCAGCAGUCGGGAGCGUCAAGAAGGACUAUGGGAAGAAUUCGGACAUCACCGGACUGUGGGAUACCGCAAUGAGCACAUUCAAAUGUUGUGGAAUCUUCAACUCCUCGGACUUCAUGGACUCUCCGUAUUAUGUGGCCAACAACAAUCGCUAUCCGCCUCUGUGCUGUCCAGAUGCUAAUAAUAAGCCCUGUAAUCAAACAGUGAUGGACAAUUUCACGGCAAUCCCGGGUUGCUUCGUAAAGAUCACGCAACUGAUCGAUGACAACACGGUGGCGAUUGUUGCUGUGGCGCUGGGAAUUGCAGUACUUGAGUUAUGUGCCAUGACGGUUUCCAUGAUCCUUUACUGCAAGAUAGAUUCAAAGUCGACCUGACAGCAAAAGUCGACAACUCCGGAAGCAUCAUUUUAAUCACUGGACGAGUUCUACUUUCCGUACUGCCAGUUAAAACGCACUGCUUAUAUUUCUAUUGAAAUGUCGCAACCGCUCGAGCAGGAUGACAGCAUUGCAUAACAAACCCAUUUUUAACAUAGUAACGAGGAUUCGGUGAAUGUGAACGGAACAUUUAUCAAUGAUUCUGCAGAUUCAGGCCAGUGAUUAUUUAAUGUGACAGAGCAUUUGACACACACGACCUGAGGAGUUUGGUGGUGUAAUUGUAAUCAUGAAAUAGAGGUUACCAUUUAUGUUAGAAAUUUCACUUGUUUCUGUGAUGAUAUAUAGCAAUCAAAAUGCAAAAUGAUUGUGUUGUAUUCAACAUGAUCAAUUUUGAAAUAAAAUGACCACAUUUCUCGA